AUGGAGGCAGGUUCUCGACAUUAUCGUCUCACCGACGUCAUUGGUGGACUAACGGACCUAAUCUCACGUCGCCGAUCGCCUUCGUUUUCAAGAAAACGUGAUAAGCAGUCCACAGAGCGCGCUCGGAAAGGCUCGGCACCUGCCGGUCUUGACCAGAUGUUCGUGCCGGUCGUCGAACUUCUUGUGGCGCCAGCAGAGUCGCCAAAGCGCGGCAGCGUCUCGCCAUUGCGUCAAGUGAACGAAGCGAAAUCAACUAGGAGAUCAUCAGCAACUCCAUCUACUGCACCCGUUCGCGUGAAAUUCGCCGAUGACGCUGUCGAAGCUGAUAACGGUGAGUGCCUCUACAAAGACUGA